CUUUAACUUUUUUCCUACUAUAAACACCUUCACUUAUCUUGCUUUCCCUCUGCUUCCUCCAACAACUUGAAACACUUCUCCAAUUCUAAGCUUCUUUCUAUUCUUCUUCACCUUCUACUGCAACAACCAAUAUUCCCUCCACUUCUCACUAAAAACUUAAGCCAAUAUUCCCUCCACUUCUCAAUAAACACAUAAGCCAAUAUUCCCUCUGUAACUCACCAAACUUUAGCCAUGUAUUCAGGUGAUGCUCCCGCGCUUGGGUUCAUGACACCUACUGACAGAGCUAUAUACCCUGUUGAAAUUAGCAUGAUGCAAAACGAUAUAAAUAUGCCCACCACAAAUUUCAGUGGUUAUUCAGGGCUUUUACACUAUUCUCAGACUCAAAAUUUCCCUACAGUUUAUGAAUUUGGUCCGCAGUUUUCAUGUCUUAGCAACACUUCUUCAGCUUCUGAUGAGGCAGAAGAACUGCAACUAAGAGUUAUCGACGAAAGGAAACGAAGAAGAAUGAUAUCAAAUAGAGAAUCUGCUCGUCGGUCAAGAAUGCGAAAACAGAAACAUUUAGAUGAGCUUUGGUCACAGGUCGUUCGGCUCCGGAAUGAAAACCGCGAACUCAUAAACAAAUUAAAUCAUGUCUUGGAGUGUCACGAGAACAUUCUUCAAGAGAAUACUCACCUUAGGAAAGAUGCUUCUGAACUCCGGACAAAGCUUGCUGAGCUGCAGCAACUUGAUAAACCUGGCAAGGCUUUGAGAGAAGUUCCCUGCAACACAGCUCAUCUAAGAGCUGAAUCUUCAACUCAAUCCAUCACUAGUUCCAUGGAUUUACUCCAUUAGAUGAAACCCGUGUCUCUUUGUCCUUUCUCUCUCAGCUCCUAUCUUCUUCUGUUAAGUAUUAAAAAAUUACUAAUCCACCUUUGUCUUCAAUUGAGCUGCAUCGAAAUGUAAAGAGACUUCUCAAUAACAGAUUUUAGGAUUUUCAUUUUAA